AUGACAGACGUGGCAGAGUCUGGCCCCCCCGAGCCCCAAGCGCGCCAUGUCGUCUACUGUGGAGUGUGCACCCUGCCGCCGGAGUUUUGCGAGUUCGGUGGCACCGCGAAGAAAUGUGAGGAGUGGCUGAAGGAGAACCAAUCCGAUCUGUGGAAUCGACUCUACUCCGAAGAGGCCCUGAGUGCCAACCUGUCCACCCUCAAGGUCUCCGUCCAGGAACGGGCCGCCAAAGAUGCCGCCAAGAAGGAAGCCAAGGCCGCACAGAACGAGGCCCGCGAUGCCGAGCGCAAGGCCGCCUCCAAGAUCCAGAUCAAGCGUGUCGAGCGGAACAAGCGCAAGUAUGUCACCGUGGUCAUCGGGCUGGAGGUGCAUGGCCUGGAGAAUAAAAAGGUGGCCAAGGAACUGGGCAAGAAGUUUGCGACAGGCUCCUCCGUGACCAAGUCCCCGUCCGGCACCGAGGAAAUCACCGUCCAAGGCGAUGUGAGCGAGGAUGUCAAGGAGUGGCUGGUGGAUGUCUACGGCAGCAAGGUCCCCGAGGCCAACAUCGAGCUCAUCGAGGAUAAGAAGAAGAAGAAGGCCGAGGCAUAA